AAGCCCACUUAAUUCCCACUUCUGAUCAGAAGCGCUGAGCUCAUCGCAUUUUUGAAAUUCAAGUUUUUUGUUUUUUUGUUUUAAAUAGGAGGGCGUUCGUGGGGAAUUACCCAUAUUCACGAUAAUUCAGAGAGCACAUGAAGGUUUAUGAAGAUGUAAUGAGUUGAGUCUGUGCAGGGAAAGAAUGAUCUUCCUAUGAGUCAUAACUUAGAUCGCGGAAGAGAAGCACAGUGGGACAGCGCUGUUUCCUGAUGUUCAUCAGAUCGCGAAAUUCAGUGGAAAAUGAAUAGAAAUCAUGAUUCUGCCUAAAGAAAUAUGAAAAGUAUUGUCCAACUGUAAGUUCACUGAUCAUUGUCGUUAAAGUGUGGCUCCACAAUCAUCAAACUCCUGUCUAAAGGAACUGGACCUGAGUAUCAAUAACUUCAGGAGAGAUUCAGGAGUGAAGCUGAAGCACUGAAAAUUUCAAAGUGCCAACUGGAGAAGCUGAGUCUGGAUUAUGUCUUUGAUCAUGGAACUUAGUGGAGAGACCAUGAGUAAAUCAGAACUACAAAAAUAUUUCUGUAAUCUCACACUGGAUCCAAACACGGUACACAAUCGUCUCUCUGUUGUAGAGGGCAACAAAAAGCUGAUAUGUAAUCCAGAACCGAUGUCACAUCCUGAUCAUCCAGAGAGAUUUGAUGGCCUUCCACAGGUUCUGUGUAAAGAGCCUCUGACUGGACGCUGUUACUGGGAGGCUGAAUGGAGUGGGUUGGGUGAUAUGGUAGUGUCAUAUAAAGGAAUCAGCAGGAAAGGAGAAGGUUGUGAGUGUAGGUUUGGAGCCAAUGAAAAAUCCUGGAUUCUGAGCUGCUUUGGGGAGAAACUGAUCGCCUGGCAUGAUAAUAUGGGAACACACAUACCUCCCCCAUCACCUCCCUAUAACAGAGUAGGAGUGUUUCUGGACGAGCCGGCCGGCAUUCUGUCCUUCUAUAGCAUCUCUGACACACACGAACUCAGACAUUUAUACACAUUCAACACCACAUUCACUGAACCCCUCUAUGCUGGAUUUGUGCUUUAUACUAAUUCAGUGUCUUUGUGUGAUGUUGAACAACAGAAUGAAUAAUUUCUGUUCGCUACAAAUUAUCCAGUGGCCCCAAAAAGUAUCUGGACUCUUGAGACACAAUUAAAAUGUACACAUUAUAUAACAAAAUGUCAAAACAAGUGUUAUAUAGCACAAGUACACUUUUCAACCGAAACAUAGAUAUUAAAAAUGAAUGGGUAUUGUUCAAAGUGAAGAAAAAAUCAAUGGUUGUCAAACCGUGCGCCGUAGGCUAUGCGUCUGUUUUCAUUUAUACUUCUGCAUCGUUGUCCGCGUCGACGUACAUGCAGACCACUAGGAGGCAGUGUCCGCGGUCAUGUUGAGUAUCAAAACAAAAGCCGAAGAAGCAGCUCGUCAUGUACGUUGUCAGAGAAGCUUACAGACAGAAACGGCAGAGAAGCGGCAAAUAGGUAACGACUUUUGUUGCAGUUUGUCUGUAUGUGUCCUCUGAAACAGAGUAUUUUUUCAUUCAUAGUGAAGCUGAAAGUGCUCGCUCUUCUCCGAGUGCUCCGCGCCAGUUUUUUGACCCGAGGGAGGGGUUCUAGCAGACCAAUCAGAGCGCUUGCGGUCUGCGUAGAAUUGAUACAUUUUUGAAGAGGUGCAGGUCAGGCUACGUCGUAUGCUACGCGUGCUACGCACAGCCUACGCCGUAGCUACGGCGUACACUCGACGCAGAAGUAUAAAUCAGCCUUAAUCUGUUCAUAUGUUUUAUAUAAUGAACUAUAUAAAUUGUGGUUCUUCUAGGACAAGAGGACUUAGGCCCUGUUUUCACCUGCCGUUAAGAUGCGAUUUGGUCAAUUGGAUCACAAGUAGAAGAGAGAUAUAUUCCCAUUUACACCUGGUGUUUCAAUCCGUCUCUUUUGUACACUUCUGUUUUCAAAGCGCAUCGCAUUCAAGUGCAUUGUUGUCGGAGAGAACAGGAAUCAUGGAGGACACAAGGUUUAUUCUUGCCUAUUUAUUGGGAAAACUUAUUAAAGCCAAAAUGAUAUUUAGUGUUCCAUUCAUUGACAAUCAUAUAAAAAUUCAUCACGUUAUCUAUUUGGUCAAAUACAGACUUUUUUUUUGCUGUGUAUAAAACUUACAACAUGCUUCAAAUGGUUAUUCUUGUUUUCUGAUUGCACUUUUGUUAUUUCGUUUUUAAUGCAAUGAAAUUCAGACAUUUUUAAGUGUGACUUAAGUGUUCAAGAACCUUCUGGGACCACUAUAUGCUAUUCCUGUUUUUUUUUCUUUUUUCUUUUUUGAUAGUUACUAUGACAACUUAAUCACGUUAACACACGACCUGCUUACAGGGCUAGAUAUGUAACGCUGGUGUCUCAGUAUAUGAUUUUUAGCCGAUGAUUGUGUAGUUUCAAGGGAUACUUGUCUUCAUGAGUAAGAGAUAAGAGAACAUCUCCAUUUCAAGGAUUUAAUGUCACAGGAUGAUGUUGUGAACCUCAUCACUAGAUGAAAUAGUAAGUAGAUAAAAUACAUAACUAGAUUAAAUGCAGUAAAACUCACUUACAUACUGUUUUUCGCUUGCUAUAUAGUAGAGAAGUGAUUUCGGAUGCAGCAUUGGUGUUUAACAGGUGUAGGGUACCAGACACAACGGCAUCUGGGGUUGGCUCUGAUAUUCCUGGCAUCCUCGAUCUAACAUUUUUGGCAUUGUUAAUGUCGGCAUCACUUUAUAUUUACUGGUAUUAGAUGAUUUGUUAAUUGCAUUAAAUAGGUUAGACUUUAAAUAAAACAUUUGCAGUUGGUUUGUAAAAGGUAUGAAUGAGCUGAGUUUUAGUUUCAUUGAGUUUUGACGAGCAGGUGUCAUCAGUGUGUGGCGUUUCAAGAGCUUCGAAAAGGUCAAUCAAUUUGUGAAGCAAUUGGUUCAACUGAUUCAAAGUUUCAAGAAGUUUUGUUUCUCUCAUCACUACAUUCAACAUUACAAUGGGAUAUACUUUACCUUUUUUGUGCAAAAACUUUAUUAAUAUUACAAGUGAACCUGAAGAAACAUUAAAAUAAUAAAAGAAUCCAAGUCAUGACCCUUUAUCAUAUUCAUCAGAAUGAAGCUGUGAGGGAUAUGCAUCUCUUCAGAGUGUUUUAAGUGUUAUUAGAGCUUUAUACAACUUUUUUUUAAAUUUUAAUUUUUUUUUUUUUUUUUUUUUUUUUACAGCAGAUCCCAUUGAAAACACGGCAAGUCUAUCCCUCACAGCCUUGCUUUCAUACUGUCAUGGCGCUGCUCUGAAUAAAGUUGGCGAUAUCAAUGAAAAUUCACAAUCGUAGGCCUAUUUGUUCAACCCAGGUAAUACAUAAUUUCAAACUACUAAAAUGUCAAUAAAACAAUCACUUUUUAAA